AUGAACACUUCGGGAAAGCAGGGCCAGAACACAGCAGGCUUCCAAGGCCAAAGAACGGGCGCCACAGGCAAAGGUCCUGACAUGAUUUGCAAGAUUCUUGAUAAACUGGAGCACAAGUUCGGUGGCCAAAGAUUCAAGGAUCCCGCCAACGAUGCCAAAAACCGCGCCUUGAAUCAGAAACUCGCUAGGCGCAUCAUGACUAUUGCGCCAAAGGUGCUUAAAAAGCUACCAAAGAUGUUGGCUAGAAUGUGA